CACGGACUCAGGGGAACCUGAAAUCCGGGAUCCGCGCGGAGGCUGGGCUGGCCGCCUUCCGCGGAGGCGCUCGAUGCCGCAGGUGGUAGCCCAGAGUCUCCCGGGCGAGCGAGGCUUGCUUGCCCCCCAGAGGCCGCUCCUGCCUCAAGAGGUUGGACACGUUUUCUUCCACGGCCCUGCCUUCUGAGGACCUCUGCUUUCUUCACCACAGCUUCUUCAGGUAUGAGGAGGAGAUGGAAGCACAUUCUCACGCGGUCCCAUCCCUGUGCUGCCCCAUCCCCCUGACCCAACCUCCACACUGGGGAGGCAGAGCCCCAUGGUAACAUGGGUGAUAUUUCAGCCAGCUGUGAGCUUCAAGGACGUGGCUGUGACCUUCACGCAGGAGGAGUGGGGACAACGAUCUGGCCAAGAGGAGACUAUACCACACCGUGACUCUGGAGACCUGCAGCCACCUGGUCUCUCUGGAUUGGAAGAAUAUAUUUGAAAAGAAAGAGUCAGCUUCCAAAGAAGAUUUUGCUGUGGAAGAACCAUUCCACCACAUAGAAAUGAAACACUGCCUACAGGAGGAGGGCCCCUGGUUGGUGUCAUUAGGAGAAAGGCAGGAUUGGAAGAACCAGCUAAGGGAGCACCAGGAGGACUCUUGGAGUCAAAUGGUACUUACCACAGAGACACUGUUUGCUCAAGGGGACCAUUGUGAGCAUGACCUUGGGGGAAGUUACCUGAGUGUAAGCCUUCUACCUCCAACAUUACUCACAAGAACACAUUUCUGUACCCUUGACUCACAGGUUAAAAAGUUGAAACAGAAUUCAGUUUUCAUGAAUCAUGAGAAAGGCCAGGUUGAUAGAAAGCCUUAUGAAAAUCACCAAAGUGCUGGAGUCUUCUGUCAGAGCAUUUAUUUGAAUAAACUUGGAAAUGUUGAAAUGAGAAAUAAAAAACUUUGUGAAUAUACUGUCACUAGUGACUCUUUGAGCUACGGUACCUCCCUGCAAUUUCAUAAUAGACUUUUCUCAGCAGAGAACAACAACUGUCCAGACUAUGGAAACAUCAUCAAUCAUAGCAAGACUUGGAAUGAACACAAGCCGAUGCAUCUUAGAGAAUGUCAAUAUGAGUGUGAUGACUGCCUCAUACAAACCGGAAUAAGUGAUUGUAGAGAAGCACCAUUUAGGUAUGGGGAGGAACAUGCCUUCCACGUAGCCUCUUCUUUUACUGGCUGUGACAUCAUUCAGACUGGAAAGAGGCCACAUGCAUGCAGUCAGUGUGGAAAAUCUUUCAGCUGUUGUUCUAAGUUUGUUGUACACCAGAGAACACACACUGGAGAAAAGCCCUUUGAGUGUAACCAGUGUGGGAAAUCCUUCACCCAGAGUUCCAAACUUACUAGGCAUCAGCGAACCCACACUGGAGAAAACCAUAUAAAUGUCACGAAUGUGGAAAAUCUUUCAGGUGGAACUCUGACCUUAUUGUACAUCAAAGAAUUCAUACUGGAGCCUUAUGAGUGUACUCAUUGUGGAAAGUCCUUCAGUCAAAGGUCGGACUUUGUUGCAUAUAAAAGGACUCACACUGGAGAGAAACCCUAUGAAUGCAACCAGUGUGGAAAGUCCUUCAUUUGAAGCACUCAACUUAUUAGACGUCUGCGAAUUCACACUGGAGAGAAGCCAUAUAAAUGCAAUCAGUGUGAUAAAGCUUUCAGUGGGAGCUCUCACCUUAUUGAGCUUCAGAGAACUCAUA